UUUCUAUCACACAUCAGACUUUUCCCAGUGGAGCUGGAGAACAGGCUUCAAUGAAAACUGCCUGUUUGCAGCUAUAUGGAGAUUGCAGGCACCACAAUUACUAUUUCCUCUCCCUGACCUGGAGCAGCAACUCCAUCAGCAGGAUAGAAAGGUAGCCUUGUUGCCUAGCAAAGGUGGGGUGAUUUAUCUGUGUGUCUAGAUUGGUCCCUUUGCUGCAAAGAGAAUUGCUUUCAGACUUCCAAGGAGAAUGAAGCCAGGCUAGAAUUCGGAGUGGAUGUGAGAGAGCUCCUCUCCCAGGGAGUAGAAAGAGCCACAGGGGUCUCUGUGCUUUCUGUUCCUGUGCAGCACAGGACAAUGGUUUUGUCUGCUCCAGUUAUAGCCCUGGGGGCUACCUUAGGGACUGCAACUAGCAUCCUUGCCCUCUGCGGCCUCACCUGCUUCUGCAAAUGCAAGCAACCUGGGAAAGGACUCUCAGAAAAGGACCAAGAGGACGAGACGGAAAAUACUAAGCCCAGUGUGCUUCAGCCAGUCCAGCAAUUCAACAUUAAGAAAACUGCAGAGCCAGUCCAGCCUCGAGCACUUCUGAAGUUUCCCAACAUUUAUGGCCCCAAACCAGAAGUAACUUCACCUGAAAUUGUUAACUACACACAGUACUCUCUGAAGACAACUGAAGAACCAGCUCCUGGGAAACAUACUGCUUUGGAUGAGAAUAGGAUGAAGAUACAAGUCAAUGAAGAGCUGUUUGUUCUCCCUCAAAACGUUCCAGGUGUGGUGAAGGACGUGUGCGUCACGGAGCCCCUGAGGCCCGAGCGGGCAGGCGGCGCGCAGCAGGCCCCCGAGCUGCACUACUCCCUGCUCUACGAGCCCCAGCGCGCACAGCUGCGCGUGGCCCUCCUCCAAGCUAUGCAUGACGGAAUGAGCGGGGACCAAGACACUGGCUGCCAUUGCUACAUACUGGGCACCCUGGAGAGCAAGUCUGGCAUUGCUGAGGCCCAGACGGAGCUGAAGAAGAAGGUACUUCACACCCUUUGGGAGGAGGUGCUGCAAUUCCCAUUAACAGAGGAGGAGAUGCCAGGAGGAACACUGACUCUCACCCUGAGAAACUGUGACAAGUUCUCCAGGCACAGCAUUGUGGGGGAACUGAAACUGAACCUUGCUGAAAUGGAGGAAUCCUUUGGGAAGGCCCAGUGGGAAAGGCUGAAGAGCCCAGAGAAGGAGCCAUCCACAGGCCAUGGGGAGGUUCUGCUCUCUAUUAGCUACCUGCCAGCAGCUAACCGCCUGCUAGUGGUGAUUAUUAAGGCUAAAAACCUCCAUUCCAAGCAGCUGAAAGAUCUCCUCGGAAGUGAUGUUUCUGUCAAAGUGACACUGAGGCAUCAGUCACUGAAGCUGAAGAAGAAGCAGACCAAACGUGCAAAACACAAGAUCAACCCUGUGUGGAAUGAGAUGAUCAUGUUUGAGGUGCCUCAUGAGCUCCUGCGUGCCUCCAGCGUGGAGCUGGAAAUGCUGAGCCAGGAUGGAGCUGGCCAGAGCCAUGUGCUUGGCAAGUGCAGUCUGGGCUUACAUGUCACAGGCACAGAGAGGAGCCACUGGGAAGAAAUGCUGAGGAACCCCAGGAAACAGAUAGCCAUGUGGCACCAGCUCCACAUGUAGGCUCAUCAUGAUUCUGACAAGAUUCCCACCAGGCCACAGAGCCUGGGAGAAUAAGCUGGGUUUCCUCUUCCACCUUCACCGCCAUGAAAUUGCUCAGCACAGCAUUCUUACUAUUCCACCCUUUGCUGAUCUUCCUGACCAUUCUAGCCCAGGAAACUGUCUGGAAAUGUAUUUAAAGGACAGUCUCUCACCUAAUCAAGUGGUUGUCUCAAACAAUGGGUUGGCUGCCUGGAUGAUUUGAAUUCGUUUUAUUUACCUGCCCACUUUCUCUUCUGAGAGGUCGCUGUUUCUGUAGAGGAGCAGAGGGAAGGAAAGAAGAGCAAAGUUAUCAUGGAAAUGUAAGCCCUUCAUGGCAUCUAGUGCUGUCACCCAAGAAUCUUGAUGAGUGUUGUGGCUCCAUAAUCACAAACACACAACUGUUUUAUCAAUCACUGCUUAUCAUAAUGCUCCACAAGACUGAGAAAUGAAGAUCAGAGAACUGACUGUCGUGGCAGGCACAAAGAAUGAGUAUGAAAAAGAGAGUGAAGCCAAAGUGCAGUAAAUGUAUUCCUAGAAAAAUACACAGAAUGAAGGGAGAGAACAGAGGAAGAAGAAAGGGAGAGACAGUCAACACCCUCAUCCUGUGCAGCCUUUGAAGCAAACACUGCCGAGCAAGAAGUCAAAUACCUUCCUUUACUUUAGUUUCCUGGAGAGUUUGAUACCUUGUAUUUAAGAUUCAUGAAAACUGCUGAAAAUAUGAGUGUUUCAGGGACCCCUUAUCAGAAUACCUGCACCAUUUAUCUUUCUAUGGUGUCAUCCAGGAAGAUCCUAAAUACAGACAAAAAGUUAUUGUUGAUGUUACCUCCUAAAACUUGGACCAAAACUUUCUGUUUACUGCCAUAUUUUCUGUCUGGGUUUAUCCCAAAUUUCAAAUAUGCUAUUUAUAUUCCAGGCAACAUCUAAAAUUGGGCAAAAGAAGUGGGAUCAUUCCAUACCUUAGCAACUGAUAGAUGGUUUUGGUUUGACAGUUAACUAUUGCACUCAAAUCCUCAUACCAGCAUUACUCAAAGACAACCCUUAUUAACUGCCAUGUAUUUCAUCACUUCCAGACAGAAGGAAUUCACCAACCAGACAGACUCUCCAGGGCUUGUUUUUUGUGUGCAGUUUAAAAAUUUGAUGUGGCUUAAA